AUGUCUUGGCAACAAUACAUCGACUCCAGCCUUGUCGGCAGCGGUCACAUCGACAAGGCCGCCAUCGUCAGCGCCGCAGGUGACAGCAUCUGGGCGGCCUCGUCCGGAUUCCAGCCCAACUCCGCUGAGCUCCAGAACAUCGUCAAGAUCCUAGCGGCCUCGGCCAACGAGAAGGGCGACCAAGGGCCCGUCGAAAAGGCCCAGGCGGAGGGUAUCCACGUAGGAAGCGAACGCUACGUCGUAGCCCGAGUUGACGGUCGAUCCAUCUACGCCCGACAAGGCCGAGCAGGAAUCUGCAUCACCGCGACGAAGGCGGCCUUCAUAAUCGCCCACCACAGCGAGACGCAAGUUGCUGGAAACGCGAGCUCAACCACAGAGGCCCUCGCCGAUUACUUGAUCAAGGCCGGAUACUAA